AUGCUUAGAACACAAGUCCAUAAUAUACCCAGAAGAGUUCCUACCUCUUUGAAUGUUAAACCUUUCAUUACUGCUGUAAAUUAUUUACAUACAAGUUCUAUACAAUAUAAUAAUGGACAACGUUCUCCGAUUCAAGUAUUUAGAGAUACUUUCAAGAAUGAAUGGAAAAAAUCUCAAGAAUUACAAGAUAAUAUUAAGACUCUUCAAGAUGCUUCGGGUAGAUUAGGUGAAUCUGAUGCUUAUAAGAAAGCUAAAGAAGCUUAUGUUAAGGCCCAAAAGGGUUCUACUAUUGUUGGGAAAACUUUGAAAAAGACUGGUGAAACUGUUGAAGAUAUUGCUGUUAAAGCUUGGGAUUCUGAUAUUGGUAAAAAAACUAGAGAAGUAGCAAGUGAUACAGCAAAGAAAUUAGAUGAAAGUUUUGAACCUGUAAGACAAACUCAAGUUUAUAAAGAUGUUUCAGAUGUUAUUGAUGAUGGUAGCAGUAGUGCCAGGUAUGGUGGAUUUAUUACUAAAGAAGAAAGAAAAAGACUUAGAGAAAAGGCUAUAGCAUCAGGUGAACGUGUUAGAGCUGUUAAAAGUAAUGAUGAAGCUGGGACUGCUUUAGUCUCAACAAAUAUUCAAGCAAAGGAAUCCUUCAGUAAAAAAAUGGAUGAUUUUUCGGAAAAUACUUCUGUUGGUCAAGGUUUAAGUUUUAUGAAGACUAAAUUAUGGAAUGAAAGUGAAAAUCCUUUAAUUGUUGUAAUGAGAAAAAUUAGUAAUAAAGUUGGUGGAUUUUUCGCUGAAACUGAAUCCGCAAAAGUCUACAGUCAAUUUAAAUUAAUAGAUCCAACUUUUAACAGUGCUAGUUUCACUAAACAUUUAAGAGAAUAUGUUGUACCAGAAAUCUUAGAGGCUUAUAUUAAAGGUGAUGAAAAGGUCUUAAAGAAAUGGUUAAGUGAAGCUCCUUUCAAUGUAUAUGCAGCUCAACAAAAAGUAUUUAGAGAACAACAAAUUUUCUCUGAUGGUCGUAUCCUUGAUAUUAGAAACGUUGAAAUUGUUAGUGCUAAAUUAUUACAACCCCAAGAUAUUCCUGUAUUAGUUGUAAGCUGUAGAGCUCAAGAGAUUAAUUUGUAUAGAAAGGCAAAGACAGGUGAAAUUGCAGCUGGUAGUGAAGAUAACAUCUUGAUGAGUACCUAUGCAAUGGUCUUUACAAGAGAUCCUGAACAAAUUGAUGAUGAUGAAACUGAAGGUUGGAAGAUUCUUGAAUUUGUACGUGGUGGUUCAAGACAAUUCACUUAA